AUGAGCUGUCGUAAUUAUAUGAAAGAAUUGCAUGCCCAACUUGUUAAACCGUGGCUCGAAACACGACUGAAAAUGCCUACAAUGCCCACGCAUACAAAAACGAAAAUACAAAAUGUAUUAGGGAUUCGUACUGAUGUUGAAGGUGGUGAUUAUGACGAAGUGCAGUCAACGUCGAGAAAUGAGUCUGUAUCGACAGGUCAAAAUAUAAGAAAAAGGAAAAUUUGCGGAAACUGCGGAGACACCGUCUACGGAACCACUAAAAAUGUUCCAAGCAAACCGGACCAAGAAACUCUUAUGAAGAAAAUUGGUCUACUGCAACAGAGAAUAAAUAUUCUUACUGAAGUAAGGGACAUUAGUAUAGCCAAAGAUGAUGUUCACGAUGAAAUAAAAAAGCUACGCAAAGAGUUGAAAGAAGAAGAGAAAUGUUUAAAGAAAAAAAGAGCCUUUGCUAAGCGUGCAAAAAAAAUUCGAACCAAAGAAAAACUGGAGAAAACUGAACGUCAGAAAAACAAUCCUGCUGCAACACAACCUCGAACUGGCCCUGGACAGCCCCCUUUAGUUGACUCGCAACCUGCUCUUCUAGAGACCAUAAUUAAUAUUGCCAUUCAUAGCAGCGCUGCUAAUGAACGUCGCCGAACAGAGAUUAUUAGGAGUUAUCUCACUCUAUCCGACCUGCAUGAGAGGCUGUUGUUAAUGGGAUUCCAAAUUUCUCGAAGCGGCACAUAA